AUGACGUUCGGGUACAACGCAAAAGCCUUUCUGAAGCCUUUCGAAAGGGCAAUAGAUGGCAAUACCUUCGCGUUCGCCGAAGCCCUACUGAACGACCUUUCUGACAAGCGUCUGCGGUCUACGCGCUCUCUUAUGUUCUUUGGGACUCCUCAUCAAGGUGCAGACGCUGCGGUAUGGGGAAGUUACCUCGGAACGAUUGGGAAGAGUCUAGGCAUCAAGAACACCAAGGCGUCAGAGGAUCUGGGGCGGUGGAGGAAGCCGCUCUUGGAACUAACAAGACUGUUCGCGGGGCGCGCAAAGAGAUGGCCCAUCACAACCUUCUACGAGAACGACAAGUUUUAUGGGGUGGUGGUUGUCCCGGAAGGCUCAGCGCUUUUGGGCAUCGAAAACGAGCGCGUAGUCGAGCUCGAUGCCAAUCAUCACUCUAUCUGCAAGUUCGCGCCUGGUACGCGUAAUUACGAUCGGGUACUUGCGCGUUUCGAAGCGGUCCGGUUCGGGAUGAUGGAAGGAAACACUGUCCUUUGCGCCGGUACCGAGGCAGAAGCAUCACUCUCAGCGCAGGAUAGGGAGUCAGAGGACGAUCUCAAGCAGUUUGAAGACCUGCGGGCUAGGCUUAAGACAAUAGCAGGGGAUAAGGAGCUUCAUGCGGACCUGGCUUAG